AUAGAUUAAUUCAGUCAAACAGUGUUUGGCACUAAGUGGGUGUUUGACACUGCUCCACAAACUCCACUAUGGAGCAGCUCCACAAAAAACGGGAGUUCGUGGAGUACCUCUUGAGGUGCUCUUACAACUUCACCUUUUUUCUCGAACUGAGUGCGUGGAGCUGAAACAGUUUGACUAAAAACAUGGAGCGGAGCUGGGAAAACGGAACAAGGGCCAAGUUCCAAUCCGCCACGACGACGAGAGAUUCGGAUAAGCCACAGCCCACAGGCGCGCGCGACAACAAUGGCCGGCAGCGACACCGCCGCGGCCUCGGCGCAGGCGGACUCCGCCGCCGCCAUCUGCGCUCAGAUCGCCUCCGUCUUCUCCGCGCCCUCGUCGCCGCACCCGCCCGCGCGCUCCGUCCUGGUCUCGGAGCUCGAGGCCGCGUCCUCCCGGGGCGGCCGCGUGUUCGUGCACGGCGUCGGGCGGGAGGGCCUCAUGAUGCGCGCGCUCUGCAUGCGCCUGGCGCACCUGGGCCUCCCCGCGCACUGCGUCGGCGACGUCACAGCGCCGCCCGCGGGCGCCGGAGACCUCCUCGUGGCCUCGGCGGGGCCCGGCGCGUUCUCCACCGUGGACGCCAUCUGCGGCGUGGCGCGCGGCGCCGGCGCGCGCGUCCUGCUGCUCACGGCGCGCCCCGACGGGGACUUCCCGCGGCGCCAGGCCGACGUUGUGGCGCACCUCCCCGCGCAGACCAUGGCGGACGACGAGGUGGGGCCGGGGGAGACGGAGACGGAGAGGUCGCCGCCGGCGCGGGCGAAGCUGCCGAUGGGCAGCCUGUACGAGGGAGCUAUGUUCGUGCUGUUCGAGAUGGUGGUGCUGGAGCUCGCGCGCGUCUUGGGCCAGAGCUCGGCCCAGAUGAGGGCCCGCCACACAAACUUGGAGUAGUGUUGAGCAACUACAGAGCGUCACUGCCAAAUGAUGGUAGAUAGCCUUUCAGCGGUUUAUAAGACGUUAUAAGUACGUUGUAAAAUUGAUACUCCUACAUAAUGUUUGCGUUAUUUAUGUAAUGGAUAUCGACAUUUAACUGGAUUUGAUA